AUGGCUGCAACAAGGCGUUCGCUGCGGCUGAUGCUCCUGGCAACUAUGGCCGGUCUAGGCCAGACGAAGCCAUUGAGCUCGAUCACUGACGAGGUCCUGCAUGGCGGCAAAAUUCACACUCUCGACGAAACCGACCCGACGGUGAGCGCCCACACCAUCAAGGAUGGAAUUAUUGUCCACGCUGGCUCCGACGACGACAUAACAAAGCGCAUCGGCGCCAACACCACGGUGAUUGAGCCGGGCGGACGCGCUGUCAUCCCGAGCUUUGUCGAUGCGCACAUUCACGUCCUGACCGGUGCCGAGCUGCUCCUUAAGUGCAACCUCAACUACCAGCCGCUCGACAUGGCCGGCGUGCUGGCGCAUGUCCGAGGCUGCCUCGACGCUGACGGCGCUGAUAGGAACGACGAGAACAACUGGCUUGAGGUUCCCAACAUGGACACGGCGAGCGCCCUGGCCAUUGGCGUGGUGCCUAAGCGGGAACUCAACGCCCUCAACACCGUGCGCCCCAUCAUGAUCCGCGGCGCAGAUUUCUAUGUCAUCGUUGACAACUCGCGCGCACUGCAGGCGUCCAACAUCGACGAGAUCACCCCGGACCCGGCAAGUUCGAACACACCCCGGGCACCAACGAGCUCUCGGGUGUCCUGCUCGACAGCCUCUGGCAGUAACUCGCGGGCCGGCCUGUCCCGUCGGAGAACGACCGUACCACGGCCGUCCGCGCGGCCUUCAAGCUCCUGCGCGAGAACGGCAUCACCACUUUCCAGGAGGCGAUGGCGUGCGAGCCUAUGGCGUCCCUGUACGCCGCGCCCAAAGCCGAGGGCGCGUCCACACGUACCAAGCCAACACGGCCGCCAUAAUCGACCGUACCGCGCCCCGCCGGCUGACGACCCUUCGGUCCACGUCUGGGUCCCGGCCCCGGAGUCGCACACGGAACCAUUCUGGAUCCCCGCCGUGCUGGAUCUGACGGUCCAAACGCUGGUUGCGGGUGGCAUAGACGGGCAAAUGCAUGUCGAUGGAGAUUUGGGGGUGUGGAUUGCGCUCAACGCAGUGGAAAAGGUACGCGCUACGAAUCCAGACGCAGAUUAUAGGAUCGGAUUGGCGCAUGCGGAGAUUGUCAACCCGCUCGACUGGCCGCGCUUUUCUCGAAAGGGGGUUAAUGCCAUCGUGAGCUUCCAGUGGGCGCAGUCGGGGCCAAACUAUAUCCCCAGCAUGAUGCGGAGCUUGGGGCCCGAGAAUUAUGGCGGUCACAUGCAGCCGUUCCAGAAGGUAACGGAAAAUGGGUGGCUUAUGACGUUUGGCAGCGACUGGCCAGUCGACCCCAUGAACCACUUCCUCGCACUCAAUGUCGCCAUCACGCGGUCCAGCGACCCGGAGAACCCCAACUGGCCCGCCUCCCGCGGCAAUAAGUUCAACGGCACGCUGCCGGGCCGACCGCUGUCCCGGACCGACGCCAUGCGAUCCAUCACCAACGCCGGGGCGCGUUUCCUCCGUGCCGAGGCGCAGAUCGGCUCGCUGGAGAGCGGCAAGCUCGCGGACCUGCCGUUGCUGGCGUGUGACUACUUUUCGGUGCCCGAGGAGGAGGCCAGGCGCAACAGUGUGCUGCUGACCAUGGUUGGCGGCGAGGUGUUGUACGUGGCCGAGGGCGCGAGCUUCGGCGAAGGAGUCGUGGCAAAUUUCCCCAACGACGACUCGGAGAACAGGAGACUAGGUAGAGAGGAAAACCGUCGGAGGGUUCGGAGGCAGGCAUCUAGGAGAUUAGGGGAGGGAGGAAGUAGCGAGGUUGUGGAGGCGGAGUGGGUGUGAUCACGGCCGCAUCAUCACUAGGCGGG